GAGCCACCGUCCUUUUUACCCUGCCUUGCGGCGGCUCCGCCCUUUACCAUCAUGGACGACUCAGAGGUGGAGUCGACCGCCAGCAUCUUGGCCUCUGUGAAGGAACAAGAGGCCCAGUUUGAGAAGCUGACCCGGGCGCUAGAGGAGGAACGGCGCCACGUCUCGGCGCAACUGGAACGCGUCCGGGUCUCACCACAAGAUGCCAACCCACUCAUGGCCAACGGCACCCUCACCCGUCGGCAUCAGAACGGCCGGUUUGUGGGCGAUGCUGACCUUGAGAGACAGAAAUUUUCAGAUCUGAAACUCAACGGACCCCAGGAUCACAGUCAUCUUCUCUAUAGUACCAUCCCCAGAAUGCAGGAGCCAGGGCAGAUUGUGGAAACCUAUACAGAGGAGGAUCCUGAAGGGGCCAUGUCAGUUGUGUCUGUAGAGACGUCUGAUGAUGGGACCACUCGGCGCACUGAGACCACAGUCAAGAAAGUAGUGAAGACUGUGACAACACGGACAGUCCAGCCAAUCCCUAUGGGACCAGAUGGGCUGCCUGUGGAUGCCUCCUCGGUUUCAAACAACUAUAUUCAGACUCUGGGACGUGACUACCGCAAGAAUGGCAAUGGGGGACCUGGUCCCUAUGUGGGGCAGGCAGGCACUGCUACCCUUCCCAGGAACUUCCACUACCCUCAUGAUGGAUACGGCCGCCACUAUGAAGAUGGAUAUCCAGGUGGCGGUGACAACUACGGCAGUCUGUCUCGAGUGACCCGCAUUGAUGAGCGGUACAGGCCCAGCAUGGAGGGCUACCGGGCACCUAGUAGGCAGGAUGUCUACGGCCCCCAGCCCCAGGUGCGGGUGGGUGGGAGCAGCGUGGAUCUACAUCGCUUUCAUCCAGAGCCUUAUGGGCUUGAAGAUGACCAGCGUAGCAUGGGUUAUGAUGACCUGGAUUAUAUCCCUCAGGCAGAGCGUUACCAGGAGGCACCACCCACCGUUGCCAACAAUACUGGGCCACAUGCUGCCAGCUGCUUUGGGGCCAAGAAGGGUAAAGAUGAGUGGUUCUCCAGAGGGAAAAAACCAACAGAGGAUCCAGCAAAUGAUGCUGUGGACUUCCCUAAAAGAACCACUCCUGCUCGAGGCUACGAGCUCUUGUUUCAACCAGAGGUAGUUCGGAUAUACAUUUCACUCCUCAGGGAAAGCAAGACUCCUGCCAUCCUAGAAGCCUCGGCUGGAGCUAUCCAGAACUUGUGUGCUGGACGCUGGACUUAUGGUCGAUAUAUCCGUUCAGCUCUACGUCAGGAGAAGGCUCUCUCUGCCAUAGCUGAUCUCCUGACCAAUGAACAUGAGAGAGUAGUGAAAGCUGCAUCGGGAGCACUGAGAAAUCUGGCUGUGGACGCUCGCAACAAAGAACUGAUCGGUAAACAUGCUAUUCCUAACUUGGUAAAGAAUCUACCAGGAGGGCAGCAGAGCCCUUCCCGGAAUUUCUCGGAGGAUACUGUGGUCUACAAGAAACCUGAUCGGGAAGAAAUUCAGAUGAGCAGUAUGGGAUCAAACACAAAAUCAUUAGAUAACAACUAUUCCACACUUAAUGAGAGAGGGGACCACAACAGGACACUGGAUCGAUCUGGGGACUUAGGGGAUAUGGAGCCAUUAAAGGGAGCACCCUUGAUGCCAGACGAGGGGCAGGAAUCUCUGGAUGAAGAAUUGGAUGUGUUGGUUUUGGAUGAUGAGGGGGACCAAAUGUCUUACCCCCCCAUGCAGAAGAUUUAG